GGGUGACGUAAUGUGCGCAUGCUCAAUGGAGCCCCAACUCCCACCACGCCUGUUGUACUAUUUAAAACCAUAUAUGCUCUCCGGCUGGUUAGUCCUUGUCGAGACAGGUUUGUGAAUUCAUAUAUAUAGUAUCUACGUUCAGUGUAUUACAUGGCUGACAGUGGUGUGAAGAGGAACAUCCCCAUCAAAUUACGCGACUUCAGUGUCAUCGACUCAGAAUUCAGCAACAUACGAGAGCGGUUCGAUGCUGAAAUGAGGAAAAUGGAGGAGGAAAUGACAAAGUUCAGGUCGGAGCUGAUGAACAGAGAAUCCAACUUCUUCAGGACCACUACCAGCUCGAGUACUAACUCCGUUUCAUCAAGCACAGGUGGUGGUCUUAGCGCUGACAAAGGACAAAACUGGCUCCAAGGCUUGAAUUCCCCAUUAAUUCAAGAGGAAGGUGACAAUAAAAUGUUGAAGCUAAGGUUUGAUGUUAGUCAAUACCAACCAGAGGAAAUCGUGGUCAAGACUGUUGACAAUAAACUUCUUGUUCAUGCUAAACAUGAGGAAAAAACAGAAAGCAAAUCUGUUUAUCGGGAAUAUAACAGAGAGUUCCUGCUUCCCAAAGGCACUAACCCUGAAUCUAUCAAAUCUUCUCUGAGCAAAGAUGGUGUUUUAACUGUUGAAGCCCCCCUUCCUGCUCUUGGAGGCCCAGAUCAUCUGAUUCCUAUCACUCAGCACUAAUGAUAAAACAAACCAACAUGCACUGCUUUAAUAUGAAAAAAGAAAUGUUCUUUCAUGAAAUUUGAAAUGAAUGAUUUAUUUUAUGUUUAGAUUUAUUAAUUUUGUCAUUGGUAUAAUAUAGAAGUCAUUAAUUGUACCAUGACAUUACAAGUCUUUAUUUUUGUUUUAAAGCUUAAAACUGUUUAAAUAUUAAAUUUUUAUUUAUUUUUGAAUUAGCUAUUUAUGUAUAGCUUGUUACUUUAAGAUGAUAUUGAGGUUAUUAUAUAUUGUAAUGAAACAUAAAAUCUAAUUUUGUUUAUUUAAGUUCUUUAUGAGAUAUGUUAUGCUUGAUGGUGCUUAAAAGCAAAGGGCUUUAAAAAGUUCAUUUUCUAACACCUUACUUCCUAAAUAGGAAAAAGAAUUUUCGUCAGAAAUAACAUAUUUUAAUACACUGAAAAUACUUUUAAAAUAAAUGUAAUAUUCUUUAAUAAAAUUCUCUUUUUGUUUUCCUAUCCCAUCAAUUGUUUAUUUAGUUUAUGUAUUUUCAUUUUUUUUAAAAUGAUGAAAUAAUUAAUAUAAAUCAAAAGACUACCUUUAAAUAUAAAGUGUAGUAUUUCUCUGCUUUUGGAUGUACAGGAACUCUCAACUUCUUAUUUAUAUUGGAAUUCUCAAUGUAAAGAGAGAAAGUCUUCAUCAAUUUAUAUUAUUAAAAAUUAAUAAUUAAUGUAAACUAUUAAUUGAUUAAGUUUGCUAUGAUCUAAAGGCAUAAAUGUUUUACAAGACAUUCUGUUUUAUAAUGAUAAAAGAAAACUUCUUUCACAAGAUAAGAAAAGAAUGAUUUAUUCAUUACUCUUAUUUGAUUUAAUUGUCUUAAAUUAAAUUAAUAUGUUUAAACCCAAAUUAUUCAUUGAAAUUCUUUAUAUUUCUAUAUACAGUGGUUCACAGUAAAAUUGAUACACCCUGUAGAAAAAUAGAAAAAAUACUUCAGUGGUAACAAUAAAUAAAUAAAACCAGAAACUCUUUCACAAAUUUAUUUAUAAUCCCAUUUUAAAUAUUUACAAACUCAAUAAAAUUUAAAUAUUUAACUAUAAUUAUUUAAAAACAAAUUAAUAAAAAAACUAUAAUUUUACCUCAGUCAUAAUCGUGUACCUCUCUUCUUUUCAAUGCUAUUAAUUUAGUCUAGGCAAACCAUUAUUUUCUACCACUCUUUUCAGGAGAUUUUUUUUUUUUUACUUUUUUGCUAGAAAUUUGUUUUUUUUUUAUUUUGAACUUAAAUUUCGCUCACAUGUGUUCAAUCACAAUAAGAUCUGGCGACUGUGGUGGAGUCUUUAUAACUUUGGGGCAGUUAUAAAGUAGCCAUUCCUUAGGUAACAAUGGCAGAGUGUUUGGUGUCAUUAUCCUAAUAAAAACUAAAUUUGUUUUUUUAGCCCCAGUUUUUCUGCAAUGUUUUCAAGUUUCUUCUCAAUAUUUCUAAGUAAAGAUGUUUAUUCACUUAGCCAUGUGAAUAUUUACACUAUAAAAUGAAGAUUUCCUACACCAGAAGCCGCCAUACAUUCUCACACCAAGAAGCAUAACAUAAGUAAAUAAAACUUUACAAGGAUGUUUAUUUAUUACAAAAAGUUAUUUUUAGUGUUAAAUAAAUUGAAAUAUUUAUUUAGUCAAUAAUUUCUAUCAAUAUCCAGAUGUAUCACUUUGUGAGCCACUGUAUGUCUACUUAUUAUUUCUGAUCUAUUUGUUGACUGCUGAGUGGUUACAAUUGUUACUUCCUAAAGGCAUAAAUUAUUAUUUAAAUUUAAAAAUAAUUUAUUAUAAAUGUUAAUUCAAUAGAAUAGAGAUAAAUAUGUUUAUUUUGUAAUAUUUACAAGACUUUCAAAUACCCUCAAAUAUCAACUUAUUAAACAAUAGAAAUAGUAAGUCUGUUGAUAUGUUUUUAUAUCAAUUACAACAUUUAAAAUCUUUAUUUGUUUUGAGAGAAGAACCUCAUACAAAUAGUCUACCUCUAUAUUAUAAACAUUACUAUCCUUAUAGUAAUAGAUAGAUAGAUAGAUAGAAAAAAAAACUUUAUUCUGGGACUAAGUCCCUUCAGAAUAACAAUAAUGUACAAAAUAAUAGAAUAUUACUGGCCUGAACGUUGAAACAACAAAUAAAAUUAAUAAAAUAAAAUAAAAAGUAAAGAAAACCUUAGGUGCACAAGCUAUAUACAAUACAGAUAAAACUAUGUACAGAGCAUUUAAAAUUAUGAACAAAACAAUUAAAACUAUGAACGAAUCACUUGAACUAUGAAAAAAAUUAUAUUUAAGGGUUGAACAACAUAAACAUACACUUUGAGAAAUGAAGAACGAAAAAGAGAUACAAUGAGUUCAUUUCAUAAAAAAAAAAAAAACUACUUGAAUAUAUAUAUAUAAAAAUAAACAGUUAAUUAUAAUUGAAUAAAAAAAAAAAAUGUAUGUAUUGAAAUUCCUACGUCGAUAGUAGGAAAUGCAUGAACUAUCUCUUACCUAGUGUUAUGAUUAUAUGAUUGCUACACAAUACAUAUAUCAGUCUGGCCAGAGACGGCGUACAGUUCACAUCACUCCCGUGAAACUCAGUCAUUUUUUACACAAACCAAUCUAUUUCAUAAAAUUUUCUACAGUGAUUUCUCAUAAUAUUAUUUUUGUUUUUAAUCCACCAUAGUCGCGUCUUAUAUUUAUUUACGAAUCAUUAUACAUAGAAGAAAGUUCGUUAACCAGCUGCGGCGGAGAGAGAAGUAGCUAAUUCCUUUAAGCCGGAGAAUAUUAAAGGCCAUCUACACGCCUAAGUUGAUAAACAACACUUUUCUUACGUAAGUAAAUAUUUUUUUUCUGUCAACAAAAUGCUGCAAUGCUCAACUUGUGACGGCCUUAUCGUGAGAGACGAUAAAUAUAAUAUAACCUGUAAUAAAUGCCGAGUAAUAUUUCACGGCAAAUGUUGCAAUUACAUUGAAAAGGAUAUUGAAGUUAUAAAAUUGCAAAAAAAAAAACCGUGGCUAUGUAAAAAGUGUGAGCAGGGUGAAAAGGCUACCCCACCUAGUGAUAAGUUAGCCAGUCCAUCCAAGAGCGACACCAGAGAACCCUCCUCAUCGGAUAUUCUCCUAGCCGUCAACAAGCUCGGUGAACAGGUCAAUGAGGAUAUUAAAAAUUUAAGAACGUCGCUCGAGAAGUAUGGUGAGCUCAGUUUCGAGUUGAAGGAGAGGUUCACAAAAAUAGAAGGACACCUCGAAACCCAAGCGAAACACCUAGAAGAACUCACCUCAGAAAAUAAGAUGCUGAAAACCAGAGUAGGCGAACUUGAGGUGCGUGUUAACAAAGCCGAGCAAGGUCUACUUCGUAGAUCAAUAGAAAUUCGUGGCAUCCCGGUACGCGCGGGAGAGACUCCAUCGGCCUUGGUAGCCAGCGUGGGAGCCGGCCUCGGGAUUAAGAUCAACCCAGAGGACCUCGACUUUUUGGAGCGACAGAGACCAAGAAAAGAUGAUCCCC